AUGGAAUACAAACAAUCAAUUACAAAAAUCAUUUUAGAUCAGACUAACAAAUUAAUUUAUACAUUUGAUAACUUAUAUAAAUAAUUAAAAUUAUCAUCAAUUAAUUAUUAUUAAAUUGAUGAAAAUUCUAUAAAAUUAUCCAAAGACCUAUUUGAUAAAGGUAAUCAUAUUAUUAAAAUUUAGGUUAUAAACUAUAUUAGAAGGAUAAAUAUGCUGAGGCAAUAGAUAUAUUUGAUGCAUCAAUACAAUAAAAUCCAGAUAACCAUUUAUCUUUAUUGUGUAAAGGUAAAAAUACUUGUUAAAUAAUAGGUUCGUGUUUAAGAUUUUUACAGAAAUAUGAGGAUGCAAUCACUUGGGUGGACAAAGCAUUAGUUAUUGAUCCUAAAAAUGUUAAUUCCUUACGUGAGAAAGGUAGAUUGGAUUAUAAUUUUAUUAAUAGGUUAAUGUUUAAGAGCAUUAAAUAAAUAUGAGGAUGCAAUCACUUGGGUGGACAAAGCAUUAGUUAUUGAUCCUAAUGAUGUUGAUUGCUUAUAUGAGAAAGGUAGAUUGAAUCAUAAUUUAAUUAAUAGGAGCAUGUUUAAUAGUAUUAAAUAAAUAUGAGGAUGCAAUCACUUGGGUGGACAAAGCAUUAGUUAUUGAUCCUAAGCAUGUUAUUUCCUUAUAUUAAAAAGGUAGAUUGAAUCAAAAUUUAAUUAAUAGGAGCAUGUUUAAUAGUAUUAAAUAAAUAUGAGGAUGCAAUCACUUGGGUGGACAAAGCAUUAGUUAUUGAUCCUAAGCAUGUUAUUUCCUUAUAUUAAAAAGGUAGAUUGAAUCAAAAUUUAAUUAAUAGGAGUAUGUUUAAGAUUAUUAAAUAAAUAUGAGGAUGCAAUCACUUGGGUGGACAAAGCAUUAGUUAUUGAUCCUAAUGAUGUUGAUUGCUUAUAUGAGAAAGGUAGAUUGAAUCAUAAUUUAAUUAAUAGGAGCAUGUUUAAUAGUAUUAAAUAAAUAUGAGGAUGCAAUCACUUGGGUGGACAAAGCAUUAGUUAUUGAUCCUAAGCAUGUUAUUUCCUUAUAUUAAAAAGGUAGAUUGAAUCAAAAUUUAAUUAAUAGGAGUAUGUUUAAGAUUAUUAAAUAAAUAUGAGGAUGCAAUCACUUGGGUGGACAAAGCAUUAGUUAUUGAUCCUAAUGAUGUUGAUUGCUUAUAUGAGAAAGGUAGAUUGAAUCAUAAUUUAAUUAAUAGGAGCAUGUUUAAUAGUAUUAAAUAAAUAUGAGGAUGCAAUCACUUGGGUGGACAAAGCAUUAGUUAUUGAUCCUAAGCAUGUUAUUUCCUUAUAUUAAAAAGGUAGAUUGAAUCAAAAUUUAAUUAAUAGGAGUAUGUUUAAGAUUAUUAAAUAAAUAUGAGGAUGCAAUCACUUGGGUGGACAAAGCAUUAGUUAUUGAUCCUAAUGAUGUUGAUUGCUUAUAUGAGAAAGGUAGAUUGAAUCAUAAUUUAAUUAAUAGGAGCAUGUUUAAUAGUAUUAAAUAAAUAUGAGGAUGCAAUCACUUGGGUGGACAAAGCAUUAGUUAUUGAUCCUAAGCAUGUUAUUUCCUUAUAUUAAAAAGGUAGAUUGAAUCAAAAUUUAAUUAAUAGGAGUAUGUUUAAGAUUAUUAAAUAAAUAUGAGGAUGCAAUCACUUGGGUGGACAAAGCAUUAGUUAUUGAUCCUAAUGAUGUUGAUUGCUUAUAUGAGAAAGGUAGAUUGAAUCAUAAUUUAAUUAAUAGGAGCAUGUUUAAUAGUAUUAAAUAAAUAUGAGGAUGCAAUCACUUGGGUGGACAAAGCAUUAGUUAUUGAUCCUAAGCAUGUUAUUUCCUUAUAUUAAAAAGGUAGAUUGAAUCAAAAUUUAAUUAAUAGGAGUAUGUUUAAGAUUAUUAAAUAAAUAUGAGGAUGCAAUCACUUGGGUGGACAAAGCAUUAGUUAUUGAUCCUAAUGAUGUUGAUUGCUUAUAUGAGAAAGGUAGAUUGAAUCAUAAUUUAAUUAAUAGGAGCAUGUUUAAUAGUAUUAAAUAAAUAUGAGGAUGCAAUCACUUGGGUGGACAAAGCAUUAGUUAUUGAUCCUAAGCAUGUUAUUUCCUUAUAUUAAAAAGGUAGAUUGAAUCAAAAUUUAAUUAAUAGGAGUAUGUUUAAGAUUAUUAAAUAAAUAUGAGGAUGCAAUCACUUGGGUGGACAAAGCAUUAGUUAUUGAUCCUAAUGAUGUUGAUUGCUUAUAUGAGAAAGGUAGAUUGAAUCAUAAUUUAAUUAAUAGGAGCAUGUUUAAUAGUAUUAAAUAAAUAUGAGGAUGCAAUCACUUGGGUGGACAAAGCAUUAGUUAUUGAUCCUAAGCAUGUUAUUUCCUUAUAUUAAAAAGGUAGAUUGAAUCAAAAUUUAAUUAAUAGGAGUAUGUUUAAGAUUAUUAAAUAAAUAUGAGGAUGCAAUCACUUGGGUGGACAAAGCAUUAGUUAUUGAUCCUAAUGAUGUUGAUUGCUUAUAUGAGAAAGGUAGAUUGAAUCAUAAUUUAAUUAAUAGGAGCAUGUUUAAUAGUAUUAAAUAAAUAUGAGGAUGCAAUCACUUGGGUGGACAAAGCAUUAGUUAUUGAUCCUAAGCAUGUUAUUUCCUUAUAUUAAAAAGGUAGAUUGAAUCAAAAUUUAAUUAAUAGGAGUAUGUUUAAGAUUAUUAAAUAAAUAUGAGGAUGCAAUCACUUGGGUGGACAAAGCAUUAGUUAUUGAUCCUAAUGAUGUUGAUUGCUUAUAUGAGAAAGGUAGAUUGAAUCAUAAUUUAAUUAAUAGGAGCAUGUUUAAUAGUAUUAAAUAAAUAUGAGGAUGCAAUCACUUGGGUGGACAAAGCAUUAGUUAUUGAUCCUAAGCAUGUUAUUUCCUUAUAUUAAAAAGGUAGAUUGAAUCAAAAUUUAAUUAAUAGGAGUAUGUUUAAGAUUAUUAAAUAAAUAUGAGGAUGCAAUCACUUGGGUGGACAAAGCAUUAGUUAUUGAUCCUAAUGAUGUUGAUUGCUUAUAUGAGAAAGGUAGAUUGAAUCAUAAUUUAAUUAAUAGGAGCAUGUUUAAUAGUAUUAAAUAAAUAUGAGGAUGCAAUCACUUGGGUGGACAAAGCAUUAGUUAUUGAUCCUAAGCAUGUUAUUUCCUUAUAUUAAAAAGGUAGAUUGAAUCAAAAUUUAAUUAAUAGGAGUAUGUUUAAGAUUAUUAAAUAAAUAUGAGGAUGCAAUCACUUGGGUGGACAAAGCAUUAGUUAUUGAUCCUAAUGAUGUUGAUUGCUUAUAUGAGAAAGGUAGAUUGAAUCAUAAUUUAAUUAAUAGGAGCAUGUUUAAUAGUAUUAAAUAAAUAUGAGGAUGCAAUCACUUGGGUGGACAAAGCAUUAGUUAUUGAUCCUAAGCAUGUUAUUUCCUUAUAUUAAAAAGGUAGAUUGAAUCAAAAUUUAAUUAAUAGGAGUAUGUUUAAGAUUAUUAAAUAAAUAUGAGGAUGCAAUCACUUGGGUGGACAAAGCAUUAGUUAUUGAUCCUAAUGAUGUUGAUUGCUUAUAUGAGAAAGGUAGAUUGAAUCAUAAUUUAAUUAAUAGGAGCAUGUUUAAUAGUAUUAAAUAAAUAUGAGGAUGCAAUCACUUGGGUGGACAAAGCAUUAGUUAUUGAUCCUAAGCAUGUUAUUUCCUUAUAUUAAAAAGGUAGAUUGAAUCAAAAUUUAAUUAAUAGGAGUAUGUUUAAGAUUAUUAAAUAAAUAUGAGGAUGCAAUCACUUGGGUGGACAAAGCAUUAGUUAUUGAUCCUAAUGAUGUUGAUUGCUUAUAUGAGAAAGGUAGAUUGAAUCAUAAUUUAAUUAAUAGGAGCAUGUUUAAUAGUAUUAAAUAAAUAUGAGGAUGCAAUCACUUGGGUGGACAAAGCAUUAGUUAUUGAUCCUAAGCAUGUUAUUUCCUUAUAUUAAAAAGGUAGAUUGAAUCAAAAUUUAAUUAAUAGGAGUAUGUUUAAGAUUAUUAAAUAAAUAUGAGGAUGCAAUCACUUGGGUGGACAAAGCAUUAGUUAUUGAUCCUAAUGAUGUUGAUUGCUUAUAUGAGAAAGGUAGAUUGAAUCAUAAUUUAAUUAAUAGGAGCAUGUUUAAUAGUAUUAAAUAAAUAUGAGGAUGCAAUCACUUGGGUGGACAAAGCAUUAGUUAUUGAUCCUAAGCAUGUUAUUUCCUUAUAUUAAAAAGGUAGAUUGAAUCAAAAUUUAAUUAAUAGGAGUAUGUUUAAGAUUAUUAAAUAAAUAUGAGGAUGCAAUCACUUGGGUGGACAAAGCAUUAGUUAUUGAUCCUAAUGAUGUUGAUUGCUUAUAUGAGAAAGGUAGAUUGAAUCAUAAUUUAAUUAAUAGGAGCAUGUUUAAUAGUAUUAAAUAAAUAUGAGGAUGCAAUCACUUGGGUGGACAAAGCAUUAGUUAUUGAUCCUAAGCAUGUUAUUUCCUUAUAUUAAAAAGGUAGAUUGAAUCAAAAUUUAAUUAAUAGGAGUAUGUUUAAGAUUAUUAAAUAAAUAUGAGGAUGCAAUCACUUGGGUGGACAAAGCAUUAGUUAUUGAUCCUAAUGAUGUUGAUUGCUUAUAUGAGAAAGGUAGAUUGAAUCAUAAUUUAAUUAAUAGGAGCAUGUUUAAUAGUAUUAAAUAAAUAUGAGGAUGCAAUCACUUGGGUGGACAAAGCAUUAGUUAUUGAUCCUAAGCAUGUUAUUUCCUUAUAUUAAAAAGGUAGAUUGAAUCAAAAUUUAAUUAAUAGGAGUAUGUUUAAGAUUAUUAAAUAAAUAUGAGGAUGCAAUCACUUGGGUGGACAAAGCAUUAGUUAUUGAUCCUAAUGAUGUUGAUUGCUUAUANUUGA